GAUAGCGCAGGGUAGGAGGCCCCCACUCCAGACGCGGCGACCUCCCCCGUGUGGCCCCUGGACAGAACGAGGCAUGAGGUGUCCUCUGGACGCCCGCCCCGGCCGCAGCCCUGCCUGGAAGAGGCUACUUCUAACAGGCAUCCUGAUCGCAUCCUGCACCUGCCUUGCCUCCUCGGAGCUGCCCUUCCCUGCGUCUCCAGACCUCUUGACUGAAGGAGCCGGUGCCCGCCUGCCUGUUCCUGGAAGCCUGAAUGGUGUUCUCUCUGCUUCUUGGCCCCAGGGGCACAGCCACACAGGCCAGGAGACACUGGACACCCGAGCCAGUUCCAAGGGGGUGAGUCUGCUCACAUUCCCCUACAACAUCGAUGGCGUUAUCCAGAGUGACCUCAAUUACUCAGUGGUCCUGAAUUGUCUGGCUUCUUAUAUCACCCCCAAGCCCGUGCUACACUGGACCCUCAAUGGGGAGCCCUACAUGACCGGGGCUCUGCUGAUCAUCCGGAGGUUGUCCUGGGAGAAUCUGGGCACCUAUGUGUGCACGGCCAAGAAUAGCCAAGGACAGUAUCCCUCUGACCCUGUGACCAUCUCGCUGCCAGAAGAGAAAGUGGAUCCCACAGAGGCUGAGCCCAUCGAGCCGGACCCCGUUCUCUCCCUGUCAGGAGGAGCUGCCAUCAGCCUCCUCGUGGCUGGAAAUGUAGGGGCGGCGAUGCUGAUCGGAGGAAUAAGCUUCACCAUCGUCCAGAGUCUAAAGGCUAGAAGACAAAGAAUACGGAUGUGCUGCUGAAGUGGGCACUUGUCUGUCAGCCUCAAAGUGAUGCCAGGAAGGGCAGCAAGAGAAUUCUGGGGCUGGGGGACAAGAUGAUGUUCCUGGGAGCUCCUGAUGAGACCUCCUCCCUCCUGAUCUUUUGUCUCUGGGAUGUUCUCAUCUUGCUGAGAGUCCCAGAGACUGCUUUACUCUCCCUCUCCCCAGCUGCCAGCGUCCUACCUGGCCAGCUCCCCAAAUCCCUGGAAACCACCCAUACAAGCAGUCCGUAUUUCGUGAAAUUCAUGAACUGAAAGCAAAGGAUACUCACUUAAGUGGUCCAAUAAAAACAAAAGGAUGGGGGCACCUGGGAGGCUCAGUGGUUGAGCAUCUGCGUUUGGCUCAGGUCGUGAUCCCAGGGUCCUGGGAUUGAGUCCCACAUUGGGCUCCCCGGGGGGAGCCUGCUUCCCCCUCUGCCUAUGUCUCUGUGUCUCUCAUGAAUGAAUAAAUAAAAUCUAAAAAAGGGGGGGGACAAAUUUAAUAUAAAUAUCCAGGAAGAUUUCUAAAAAUCCAAGUGUGCACCAGCUAGAACUUGCUCUGUAACAAACUAUCCCCCCAUUUUAAUGGCUUAAAAAGACAGCCAUGGAUUUAGCUUAGAAUUCUGUGGGGUUAUCUGUUUGGGCUGGUCUCAGCUGGGCCAUUCUUCUCAUCUCUCCUGGGCCCACUCACGCCCCUGUGAUGAGCUGGCAGUUACCCAGGAGAUGUCUGGACUAGGACAGUUGUCUGGAACAAGUAACCUGUCCUCCACAUCAUCUAUCAUUCUGUAGCAGGCAGACCCAAGCUUGUUCAUAUGACAGAGGCAGGAUUCCAGGAGUGAGAGGAGAGGGGCAUUGCCUCUUGGGGCCAAGGUUAAGAAUGGCACAUCAUUGGGAUCCCUGGGUGGCGCAGCGGUUUGGCGCCUGCCUUUGGCCCAGGGCGCGAUCCUGGAGACCCAGGAUCGAGUCCCACAUCGGGCUCCCGGUGCAUGGGGCCUGCUUCUCCCUCUGCCUAUGUCUCUGCGCCCCUCUCUCUCUCUCUCUCUCUCUGUGUGUGACUAUCAUAAAUAAAUAAAA